UGACGUGAUAGUUGCGGUUUCCUCUAUUCAAUCGCGAUUCUGUUUCUAGAAACUGGGAUUCUUGCACGACGUUUUUGUGAGAGCAGCUGGGAAACAAAAAGAUGGAGUUUCUUUCCGCGUGUGUGUCCACCGCGUCAGAAUGCUGUACCGGCGAGGACAUGGGGUAUGGGGAAGCGACGAUGCCGUAUGGAAAUUUAGAAACGCGCGAUCUCCUCCACAAUCAGAUUGUGUUAUUGCUCAGGCAUGAAGAUGUGGAUGCGCAUGCGCAGCAUAAAAGAAACGUGCUCAGCAGAAGCCUUUUUCUUUGCUGCUGCUUCUGCAUCACAUUCUGAUCAUGGCGAAGAUGAUCCCGCUUUUCUUUACCAUACUUAAACCCGCGCGAACAAUCCGAAUCGGGAAGAGGUCGAGUCCUUCUCCGCUAUGGGAGCGGUAUAAUUCUCGAGUUUGCUAAUGCAUACUUAGUUUUUUUCCUUCUCCUUGUUGAGGAUGACGACGACGAUUAGAAAUCGCAAAUGCGCGGACUGCAUGACUAUAACACGAGAGCUUUAUCAUUAUCAUUAUCCAACCAAAACAGUUCCCCACCCUCACCACCGCGGGAAUAAAGCCAUCCUUCCAGCUCGGAGCCCCAGCUCUUUCCCUCGGAGGUCGCACGUUCCACCAGCAAGAGUCAGAAAAGAGUUUCGCGUGCAUGUACUUCGAGCAGGAAGUCCCGGACUUACAAACUCUCACGUCGGAACCCAGCAGUGCGCACGAGUUCCGAUUUCAGCGCACCGGGGCGGUGUAUUACGGUCAGUGGAAGGGGCGCGAGAGGCACGGUGUGGGACAGAUGAGCUGGCCGGAUGGGACCAAAUACGUCGGGGAAUGGAGGGACAAUAAGGCGCACGGCAAUGGUUGAAAAGUUUGUUUGUCGUUUUGUACGUAUUUAGUCGUUUUGGUUCUUAUUUUUGCUACAAGACCACAUGUUGAGAGGCGGUGUUGUUUGUUUUGUUUGGCUUUCGCUUUGUUGGGGGAAACACAAACAUGAACAUCUGCAUGAAAGCAAACCCAUCCAGGUCAACUCGAUUACGCCGACGGCGACCACUACUGUGGGCAGUUUCUGGAGAGCCGGUGCGAGGGUCUGGGUGUUUACAUUCACGAACAGACCAUCUACUAUGGGCAGUGGUGGCGGGACGCACAACACGGCUAUGGCGUUGAAACCUGGCCGGAGGGCAGUCGGUACGAGGGCGAAUUCGCUUUUGGCGAAAAAUCCGGCACUGGGGUCUACACCUGGCCCGACGGAAGCAGUUACGAAGGCAACUGGGAGAAGAACAGGCUACAGGUAAGUACUUAAGUACUUGUUAAACAAGAUGCAUAAAAAUCAUGCCUUACCUCCUUGUUUGUUAUUCAAUCGGAAUCAAUACAACUCUCUGGAUUUCACCGCGACAAAAUCACCCGCACCCUUUCUUCAGGGCCAAGGUCUUUACAUCGCGAGCGAGAAGAAUUUUCGCGGCGAAUGGCAGGACAGUUUGAUCCACGGGGUCGGUAUUUACCGGUGGGGCGACGGACGUUCCUACGCGGGGGAGUACGAGAAGGACCGCAAGUAUCCUGAGCAAAAACGUCCCCAUCCGGGAGUCAAGAUGGGAAAUCAGCUAGACAAAUCUACAACUUUUGGCUGUUGUGCAUAACAAGUUUGGGAUAUUAGUAGUGAGUGUAGUCGUCGUGCUUAGGUAGUGCAGCAGCAUCACAGACUCAACUGCUUAUCGUGAUUCAAGCAUGAGAAAUUCUAAAACACAACCAGAAAAUGCAUCUCAUGAGGCUGCGCAUGAGAAAAAUUUUCGCUAAGUAAGUAGAUCUGCAUCACAAGUACCACUACGGGAUGAGGACGGCUUUCCUCUGGACAGCCAGCACGGGUUCGGGACCUUCCAGUGGCCCGACGGCCGGCGGUACGAAGGCUUCUGGUCUGACGGGAAACAGGACGGCGACGGUUUGUACACGCGGAAAGACGGGAGCCAGGUCCGUGGCGUCUGGGCGGCCGGGAAGCGGGUCAGCUGA